AAGAGCGUAUUGAAAUUCGAAACGUUCGAAACUGAAACUUCGUUUUACGAAAAAUAUAGAACGAGAAUAUUAUUGAACGCUCGGUUGAACGGCACGAAUACUCUUAAUAAGAAGUGUCAACAACAUUUAUUUGUACACGCAAGCUAGAAAAUAUGGCCAAUCUUCUCCUGAGUCCUACGAUGUCGGCGAAACUGAAGAACCGGGAAUCUGCGAGAAAGCUUAAGAACGGUUCACCGAAACUUCAGGAGGUGCUGAGGCAGCGAUGCAGAGAUCAAAUGCGACAGAAACGUGGUCAGCUGUUCAACAAAGGUAGAAUUGGUCUUGACGAUGACGAACACGUGCACGAAGUCCUCACAGAAAUAGUUAGACGAGAGUUGAGUAGCCUCGGUACAUCGAACUGGAGUAAUUCGAGUUCUCCACAAGAUCUGUUGGAUCCCGACGAGGCUCUUGACAUAGAAAAGGAAAUGCUGGAGGAGGAAGAAUCUUGGAUAAUGGAGGAGUAUGAGCGGCUGGUUCAGAACGAGGAAGAGAUGUUGGCUCUCUUUGCCGAGGAAGGUCUAAGUGAACAAGUUAUUUGUCCAAUUUGCCAGAGAGCUGCACUCUCGGAUGUUAGAGAUGCGAUAGUAUGCAAUUUUUGCGGCCUGACUUUGCCAUCUGUAGUCAGCGUCAAUGAUUUGGGAAGAAUAAUCAAUGAGAAUGUCAAUUCUCACGCCGAAACAUGCAGCGAACUUCCAGGCUUCAGUGUUGUCCCGGAAAAUAAUAACAAUUCUCUUUAUUUGGUUUGCCAAAGAUGCGGUACACUUUCUGUUAUAAUCUAAUAAACUGUUAAGCAGACAUUUCAAACUAAAUAGCAAAGCUUCGCUGGUUUGUAAAUUGAGAAAAUAAGAAAAAAAUAGUUAUAAUCUAACAAAUUGUUAAUGAAAAAUUUAAUAAUAAAUAACAAAGCUUUGCUGGAUUCGUAAAAAAAAAGAAUAGUUAUAAUCUGACGAAUUAUUGAUAAAAAAAUUCGGAACUGAAUUAUAAAGCUUCACUGGAAUAUUCGUAAAGAAAAGGAAAAUAUUUUGAUAACCGAAUUUAUUUCAAAGAAAUCCCAUAAAAAUCGCGAAGACGAAAUGAAAUAUAACCCACUUAUUACUAUUGACAAAAUUCCUGAGGCAAGUUCCAAUAAAAUAUAAAAAAAAAAAAUCAAUUCAAUGUGAUAUACUGCCUAAUGAAAAUUAAUAAUUACUCGACAACUUUCUACAUAAAUGUAAUACGCACUUCUAACUUUUAAGUGAAGUUGUUAGUUUGUAGAAUUUUCGUGUUACCAUCUAAUUAAAAUGUCACGUGUAACCUAUAUUUAUUUAAAUAAUUUUCAUUCAUAAAUGUAUUUAUUCUCCAUUUUUUCUAAGUGUUCAUAAAUAUUAAACAUUUUCGACAAUGUGAAUAUCAACAUUCCUCUAUUCUGGUGUAUUAUUAAUUUCGUUGCAAAAUUGAUUUUCUAGAGAUGAAUAAAUUAUAAAAACUUGUGAUAGUAAAACACUUGUUUAUGUAUCAAUACUGCUGAUCAUAAUAAAACAAUAUUAACUAAAUUUCAUUCUGUUUUCCUUCAGGCGAUAUCAAGAACUUGCAAAAGUAAGAAAAACUAGAUGAACACUUUACGUUUAAUCACACGGAUCAUUAGAAUUUGUUAUAGAUAAUAUUACGCUCAAGAAAAAUGUUAAUUAAAUUAUAGCUUACCAGAGUUAAGAAAUUUUAUGUUCUUUUAUUUGUAUAUAUAUAUAUAUGCAUGUAUGUAUGUGUGUGGAUAUAUAUAUGUAUACAUAUAUCAUUUGGAUAUAACAACUAGGUGAGUGUUCAUGAUUAUUAUGAUACAUAUUGUACAAAACAACAUCCAUUCACGUAACAUAUUUUUACCACGUAUUGGUCUAUGGUUUAUACAGUUUUAGAAUAUUAUGUUAUUCCAAACUUUGUCAAGGUCAUUUGUUGUUUGAAGGCCAUCAAAAACGAAUAAAUAAACAUUCGAAUAAAAUUGUAAAUAUUGAAAAAAGACUAUAUCAACACCCAGAUCGGCGUAAGCAAUAAGUUCAUUAUCUUUUUUUCAGGCCUCAAAACUCACAAUUGAAUGUGGUUCAUUGCGUUUCGUUUUUACAAAUUUUUGACCGUUUGCACUUGAAUUCUGACGAUCCUCCAUACUUGAUAACCGCGAUCCAAAUGACUG